AUGGAAUUCGAUCAGUGUCGUCUGCAUAGUGAAUGGAUGGUUGACAUUAUAUGGAAUAUUGAAAUAGUAGCACUGAACAAUGUGAAUGAAACUUACCACAAGGGUCCUCAUGUCACUCAUUUCAACAAUCAAGAACUCAGCAAAUGGUUAACUCGAUUUUAUCCAUACUUGGUGGAACGAAUAAUACAAUUGGAAAAGCUGAUGAGUGAAAUGAAGAAGGAACAGGAAAUACAAGCUGUGAAGGCAUUCGAAAGAUUUGAACGUUUACAACGUCAGCUCGAAAAUGUUUCAUCAUUUCUGCAGGAUCUCACUGCGUCUCAAAAUAAACCGACAGUACGAAGUCGGCAACGAGGUUCGUUGUCGUCAAUUGAUGAGUGCUCGUUCAGUGAUCGUGCUAAGAGUCCAGAUAGUGCCGUUGUCGAUACACUGAAUAACAACGCUCAGCAUAAACGAUUUUCCACACCAUUCAUAAGAUUAUGA